UCAAACUUGACGUUACUUUUUGAUGAUGCCGUAUUUUGGUGUAAAUGUUUUUCUGCGAUUUUAAUUAAUUUCAUUACACUGCAGUUUCGUCAUGAACCCUCAAACUAAUUCAACGGCCUUAUCUGCCGACCUGAACAGUUUUAUUUAUGGCGUAUCACGUAGAAACUCUCAGAAUGCACCAGAGCUCACAAAGAUCGGCAUUUCCCUUCUGAAGAACUUCCCAGCUGCUAGGGAUGCUGUGUUGGAAUUUUUUGCGAUGGUGUUCCACGAUGCGGUUAAUGUUUCUCUCAACCAGUCUGAUUAUGAGCCUGAUUUGAGCACUAACGGAUCUCUGGAAAGUGUGAGCAUGAUUGGGCCCGAGCUGUGCAGCUUGGGCCCCUCAUGGGCUCCGUUUAUUACCCCCUGGUGCAUCAACUUGAUCAUGGACAUUGCUACGAAGAAAUCAAAUGUACCAAAUGCAACAUUACAGAGCCUUGAGACAGUCCGGACUUUACUAGAUAUGACAACACAGAACUUGACACUACUCAACUCUGAGGAGAGGGCCAAAUGCAUUGACAUGAUGUUGGGUUCCUGGGCGUGUUCAUGGGCGGUAGGCUGGGUGGGUCGCGCGGAGCCGGCGCUGGUGGCGCCGCGGGCGCUGGCUCUCGGCGUGGACGCGGCGCGCGCGGUCCUGGCGCACCUGGCGCAGCACCCGCCAGCGCUGCUGCACGUGCGCGCGGCAUUGGCUGACCUGUUCCACGAGGCCAUCAAAGAAGACAGUAAAAUAGAUAAAAAACGUGACGUGAUACCCUACCUUCUGAACCUCGCGUCCAAAUCAGACAUAGUUCUGAAAGCUCUCACACAAGACAUCGCGUUAACACUAACCGAUGAGGUCAUGGACCGCCUCUGUGUGAUUUGUUCGACCCAGCGCCACACGCCCGCUUGGGAAGGCGUGGGACCAGCUUCACUCGUCGCCUUGCUAAUGCGGUGUGACGUCAGAUGUCUGCUGCUGCUGCUGAAAUAUGCACAGAAGAAUCUGUUCUGCAGGCAACUUCUAGAAUAUUUGCUCCAAAAGUUAGAAUUCGAGAGCUUGUUCCCGGACAAGCCAAUACCUCUGCUGACGAGCGCCGCGGAAGAGAUCAACAUAGUCCGGGAGAAGUUGCUGAUCGGCAACAAGUUGGAGCAGUAUUCCCUCGCUAGGAUACUGAUUUUAGUCAGCUACAACCAACCCUCAGAAUUCAUCAGCACCGUCAGCUACCUCCUCCAAUACGCCCGCGACGACUCAACUCUCGCGCUACUCGUGCGAAUCAUAUCUGGCACCAUCACUAUGCACGUGCCUAACGACGGCUCUGACGUCAUCAUGGAUUCGGACAGAUACCAGGGCUUCAUAAAGACGGCCGUUGAGCAUGCAUUGAGAGACGCUGUCUUGGCAGACACGGAGAUUAAAAGGUGCUUCAUAGAGGAUAAUGUGCCUAAAGACCAGAAGACUUAUGUGCAUUAUUACUGUUUGAACAUUAUUAAAUUGUUGAGAUGGGAGAACUCCAACCAGGUGUCUCACUUACGAACGCGGCCGAUCGGUCGAGCAGUGGAAGCCAACCUUUACGGCAUAGGCGGAGCUUUGAAAGAGUACACCUCUUUGCUGAGGCCACGCCCCCCUUGCACUAUGGCGUCGCUGGAUGAAAUGCCCACUUGUCAUGCUCUAGCUGAGGUACUUGAUAGAGUGGACAUGUCAGGCACCAAAUCCCCGCCACCCAGUGUGGAGGUGCUAAUAAAAGUGGUCCAGUCCACCGUCAAAUAUUUCUUUAGGUGCCUUCACGAGAAAGAUAUAAUGGACAAGCUUCGCGGCGUACAAACUGCGUGUCGACUCCUGCGCAAGCUUUGCAUCCACAGCAAGAUGGCGCGCUCCGUCGCGUUACGAGACUUGUUGGAAACCGCCAUGUUUAGAGAAGAGAAGGCAUUCGGCAGCCGACCAGUCGUGGCCAAUACGGUCGCUGCGAGCAAGGACUGGCCGCAAGAUGACUUGCUGAUCAAUUUGAACCAGAAGCAUGGUCCGAUAACUCAGCUGACUCAGAGCCACACGUCGGUAUUCCACGCUGGAAUCAUCGGUAAAGGCGUGCGCAAACUCGACGAGAUCGAAGACUAUUUGCCGCCCGUGCUCACCGCUAAUAACGAGUUGUUGAUGGGCGCCCUUAUGUCUUGCAUGGACGGCAAUAGCGGUAUAGUGGAAGGAAUGACGUCAGUCUCGUUGCUUCUAGUCGAGCUGGUGGCUCCCGAUGUCAUGUAUAACGGCCUACCCUGGCCUGACGAAGACUUUACUAAGCAAGUGAGCAUCGAGCGCGAGUUGUACAUGCGGUGCGCGCUCGAAGCGUGCGUGGUAGCACGCAGCGCGCUUCGGCGGUGCGCGGGCGCGCGGCCCUCGCUGUGCCUGGCCUCGUCGCUGCUGCGCGCCGUCGCCGCCACGCUGCUGCACCGCCUCAAGGCGCUGCUGGAUCGCCAUACCCACGCGGCAGAGAUAUCCCGCGAGCGAGCGGCGUUAUGCGAUCUUCUCACCACGAUGACGUUGGGCCAACUGCUGCCGCACCCGCUCUCGCAUAUGCUCGAAAUGGCGCCCGAACUCACUGCUAACGAGAUUGUGCAAGUGAUCAGAGAUUGCCUAUGGAAUUACACCAGAGAUAAUGUGCCCUCGCCCGCCCUGUUUCCAUGCGAUUCCACGGGCCUGCACUGGCGAGACCCGGUGAGCUGUAAGCCUUCAACCACGUACACUGACACGCUGCGACUCAUCUUACAAAAGAGGAUCGGGCGCCUGGGCCAUCUCUAUCCUACCAUGUUCUUGAAUCUGGAGAAAGACGCGCAGUAGAUUUAUAAGGAUGAUUAAUUAUUAUUAAUUGUACAUAAUGUAAAUAGUUUUAUAAUAAAUCAAGUUUCUCAUA